GUGUAAAGGUUCGGCACCUUCUUUCCCUGGGAAAGGUGAGGGCAGGUGUUUGACAGGGAUUGGGAACCAAAUUCUGUACCGGUUUUGAAGAAUUGGAGAUUGUAGUAUAAGGCACCAUUUCCAGAGUGGUCAGGAGAUCUCCACUGGAGGCUUAUCCGUGGAGCCAUAACCACCAGUAGACACCUGGCACAUAUAGACCGUGCUCGGGGGGAGGGCUGCCCUUUUUGUGGGGAGAGAGGAUCUGCGCACCACCUGUUUGUGCAGUGCAAUCGGCUGUCAGCAUUGUUUGCUUUAUUGAGCGAUCUGUGCGGGAGGCUUGUGGUGGUUUUGGACAUGGGGGUCUUCAUUCGGGGUCCAGGGUACAGUACAAAACACAAGUGUAAACUCAUCUUGGUUAAUUUUCAAUUUGGGCAAGCAAAGUUUGCAAUUGGCAUCACAAGGAGAAACCGGAUACAAGAGGGGGUUUACCAGAGCCUUGAAGGGUUGGCUCCGCGGGUCCGGCGGCUCCUGGCUCUCCUCUGCCGGAUUUCGUCGUUGUCUCGGCCUGAGUGGUCCCGCAGCGCGAUGGCGUCCAGCCCGGCACUGGAGCUGGGUAGCGCAGAGCAGCUAAUGGGCGAGAUGCCCCAGCCAAUCGGAAUGAUGCGACGAGCCUCCAGCUAUGACGCGUCGCUGGACACGCCCAUGGUCUCCAUCCCAAUCAACACGAGCUUCAACAUCCUGUGGAAAACGCCUGUGAUUCCGGAAAAAAAGUUCCGGUGCUUAUCAGAGGAUGACGACGACGGGAUCACCUUCAAAGUUACCCCCCCAGAACCUGCCCACCCCGUGGUCAAGACCAAGGCAUCGUCCUCCAUCUUAAAUUCCCUUAUGAGCAAGCAAACCCAGGAUAGCAUACAGAGGUUCGAACAGAAGGCUGGUCUGAAGGACGCUGGGUACACCCCGCACAAGGGACUGACCGCGGAGGAACCCCACUACCACUACAUGGCAGAAGCGCUACACAAGCUGAAGAUGCCGAGCGGGGACUUCCGGGAGGAUAAGCAGAGAGCGUCCGCGCAGUCCACGCCCAGCGCCACACCCAGCGCCACGCCCAGUGCCACACCCAGCGCCACGCCCACCGUCACCCCCCACGCCUCCCCCAGGGCUAAUCGCAGGAGCUGGUUCGGCCAGAGUUCCGUCGCCUGUCUUCCCAUCUCCGAGUUCGACACCGGUGACGCAGGCUCGGGAAUGGGCGGGACCGAGGGCGGAGGCGGAGGCGGGGACAGCUGGCGCCUGUUCGGCACGCGAUCCACGGUGUCCAAAUCCUCCACUGACCCAGACAGCCUGAGUCUUCAGUCUUGCCCGGGGAACCAGAAGGCCAACCCCCUGGAGAUGAUGAAGACUCGGGUGAGCCAAGAGCCCAUCGUGCUCAAGACGCCGAAGAUCGAGCUCCCGGAGCUGGAGGUCAAGAGGAACAUGCCCCGCCCCCACAAACUCAAACCGCGCGACAUGAACGUUCUCACCCCGUCCGGCUUCUGACCCCACCCCCGCACCCCUCUGUUCUGACAAAGACUUUUUCUUCUUACGACUUCCCUGCUUCCUCGAACUGGCACCCAGAAGAACAGCGUUUUCUUGAGGCUUCUUGGGUCCCUACAGACUUUGAAACGACGGUGCCAAUAGCGAAUCCAAGCAUAGCAAGGAAGGUCUGAAUUACAGAAGGUUUCAUGGUGUGAAUGUUUGUGGGGUUUUUUUUUUCUCAGUAGUCCUCCCCUCUUCUCCCCACUAGAUGGCAGUGUUGUUCUACACACUAGGAGGCGCUGCUUUUUUUUUUUUUUUUUUUUUUUUUUUUUUAAAUAUGCACCUCUAGUUUUUAGUGUUCUCUUUUUUGUUGAAUGGACAGAUUCUGAAUUUUUUUUGUCUUUUCCUUUUAGUGAAAUUGGAGCAUGCACAGGAUGUGUGCCACAGGAGAGGCUUGCUUGUUCAUUUAAAAAACAUGGAUUGUUUAAAAGAGGAAAAAAAAAAAAACCAGCUAGCACAAACAUGGCACACUCGCUCAGUGUGAGCUAGUAUCUGUUCUGGCAUUAUGGUGCAGCCAUAGUGUAGCGCUUCUUGUGUUAAUAAGCUUGACGUGGGCCUGCCUCUGCUGACGUCAGCAGAGUCGUACUGGGGGGCCGCGUCGAUGUAAAUACUUGGGUCCACGCAUUGCACAAUAACUAAUGAGACGUUUGUUAUAUGUACCAUUGUUUCUCCCACACAAGAGCAGUUCAUUUCCUGAUUCACACAGUCAGUUAGCAGUGAAGCAGCCGCCACUAACCUGAACCCAAGGGUUCGGUUUCCACAUUUCUCAUUUCCGUGUAUUCUUCAGUUAAUAAGCUUUCUGAUUAAGACUUACCUGCUGCCUGACGUGUGGUCUCAUUUAAACACUAGACGGUCGGUCAUACUGCAAUAUCAUUGUAUAGCAUCAGGAUUAUAUUGUAAAUUGCAUUAAGGCGUUAAAAUUGUAUAUUUGAUAUAUUUUUUAUUUAACGUGCUGGUAUCUUGAAAGGAAUGCAUUUUUUGUCGCAAAUGUCAAGCGUGCUGUCAUUUAAAUAAAUGCUUUAAUGAGUUUUCAAAUUUAACCAGCUGGGAAGCACAGAAUAAUCAGUAUUUAUUUGAACUUAUCACACGUUACGACUAUAAAACUAAGAUUUAUUAGAAUGGGUUUUCCAAAAGAGUGCCACACAGCUUUUGCAUUCUUUUACUUUAGGGGUGGGUUCUUUUUUAAGUUGGGAAAGAAAUGAACAUCACCCCCUUACAAUUAUUGAAUUAGCUGUUUGAAGACUUGUGAGACAAAUGUCGUAAUUGUAUUGUGUGUGAUAAAAUACUCAGUAUUUUCCCAUA